AUGUCGCUUGGACAUAUGGUAUAUGAUAUUGAACAGUUAUUACGCUUUUAUGCUUAUCGGAUGGAUGGAUUUAAAGUAUAUGUGACCAACACAUCAACUUUACCACCUGACGGUUAUCUAUGUUAUGAAGAUCCAUUUAGUCCUAGAGGUCCUUAUCCAAAUAUCACACAGACAAUUCCUUGUAAUCAACUUGGACAAUAUGUCAUUUAUUACGAUCAAUACGGAUCUGAUGAAACACCUAAUGUAAUCGAUCCUGUGGUUGAGUUGUGUUACGUUGCCAUUAAUGGUUGUCAAAAGCAUUUUUGGGGGAGUAAUUGUGAGAUCUCCUGUGCCGCAACUUGUAAAGCGCAGCAAUGUUUCCCCGAAAAUGGUUCCUGUAUAUGGGGAGGAUGUAGCGACUCAAACUGUUUAAACAGUAAUUGUGGUGGAGAUACAGUAGUCUGUACUGAAGGUUGUAAAAUAAGGCGUACAGGAUCCUACUGCAACAAAUAUAACCUUGUAUUUGACAGUUCAAUUCUGUUCAAUACAAUUGAACAAGCUGGUUCAGUGAAGGAUGGAAAUUUAUCAUCAUGUGUCACAACACAAGGGUCAUAUAUAUGGAUUCAGGUUGACCUUGCAGAAAUAAGCAUUGUGACGGAAAUAUAUAUAACUUUAAUUGUGAACACUAUAAAUCCAGGAAACCAUACCAUUUACGCAUCAAAUACUAGUCAUUUAUGGGGAAAUGAAACUGUUUUGUACCUGGGUGAAGCAUUACCAGAUGUGAUCAAUCUCAGUGGCGUUUUCAGAUACCUUACCUAUGUAUAUCGAAAUCAGAACAAGUUUUCUGAGAUUGAAGUAUGUGAAAUUGGGAUUGUUGGAUGCCCUCCUACGCACUAUGGACCUUUGUGUAGCAAGUUGUGUCCAGUGUACUGUAGUGGACCAUGUGACCUUGAAACAGGAAAUUGUACAUUUGGAUGUGUAAACGGAUGGAUAGGUGUUAAAUGUGAAUUAGGUCCAUUGUGUUACGAGCCUAACUCUAAGAAUUUAACAACAGACUGUUCGCCUGAAAUCUAUCAGGUGUAUCCAACAAGUGGACCAAUUAAUGGGGGAUCAGUAUUGACAAUAUCUGGCAAUCACCUUGGAAAUAUUAAUGAUAGCAUUUCUAUUAAUAUCAGUGGAGUGAUAUGUCACAAUGUAACAGUUACAACACCUUAUACCGAGUUGACAUGUGUUAUAGAAAAAUACAACGGAAAGCAGACGACGGGAAUAUUCGUUUCAGUAAACGCCAAUCGCUACAGCAAUUUAAGUGUCAUAUACUUCACCUACAAGGAACCACGAAUUUUAAACGUUUCACCAAACAAAGGGAUUCUAUCAGGGAAAACAACUGUGGCAAUACAAGGACAAGAUAUUGUUUUCGAAGGUCAAAAUCGGUACACUAUUUCCUUUUGUGACAAUGUGUUUUGUAUCGAAUGCAGCGAAGUUCAAACGGCCUUCAGUAAACAAAUUCCUUACAUCAAAUGCAAAACUGGUAUUUCAUCAGAACCUCGAAAUAUGACCCACCUAAACGUUGUUAUUGAUGACUUGACAGUACUGACACUUAGGAAAACAUAUCAAUACUUACCGGAUCCAACAUUUAACAUUUCGACUGAAAUACCGAAGGCUUUACAAAGUGGAGGCGUAUUAUUUACAAUUCAGGGCGAAGGUUUCAACAAUGUAGGUUCAAUAACAGUAGAAAGAGUGAAUAACCCAUGUGAUGUACCAGAAGACACGUCUACCGUAUGUGAAACACCUCCAAGAUUACAGAAUCAGCCUUACAAUCAAACUAUUGACGUACAUUUUGAUGGAGUGACAAUUCAGUUUCCAAUAGAAUAUGUGGAGGACCCCACGUUUGAAAUGUUUAAAGGCAUUGUUCUUUAUGACAAGGAAUCUGCUAUUGAAAUUGAAGGGAGAAGUAUACUGAAUGUGGCUCGCCGUGAAGAUUAUCAUAUUAAUAUUGGAUUGGACGGCAUUUGUCUCAUUACUGAUAUCAGUAUGGAUAACAUCACUUGUUAUCCACCCAAAUCAGUCCCUCGGACUAAUAGUACAGAUGAUAAUACAGUUUAUGUUAUUGUGAACGUCAUAAGGAUAAAGUCGUAUAUUGGUGACUUGCAAUACAAAACAGAAACAAUUACAGAAGAUGACAAUACAUUUGUGAUGAUAGUUGGAAUAUUAGUCGCAGGAUUAGUGGUAUCUAUCAUCAUAGGCAUGUCGGCUGUAUUAGUUUUAAGGAGAAAGAAGACUAAGGCUGCCAAUGAAUUCAAAAUGAAAAUAAAGGCAAAGGAAGAAAUUAUCCAAAAAGCUAGUAUAGAAGGUGAAAGGAUAGCAAACUUAAGAAGGGAAGAUGGAAAUGCAUAUACUGAGCCUGAUGAGUCAGUAUAUGAUGAAAUAAAUGUAGAAGAAGAAAAAAGAACACGCGGGAACAGUUACCUUGAUGUAAAUGAAGGAUACGAUGAACUGGGACAACGAUCGCCAACAAAUCCAUAUAAUCAGCUCCAACAAACAAGGGAUGACAUUCAAAGACGGGACAUCAAGAAUAAUGAAAUGAAUGCAGAUGACCAAUUGCAAAACAAUAAACGUAGAAAUGAUUAUUUGAGCUUGUUUAGCGGAUACGAAAAACCAAUAUCACGAAACGAUAUACAGAAUUAGUCUCAACAGGAAAGUGCUGACAAUAGAAAUGAUCAUAAUGACAUGUCAAAUCUUGAUUAAAAGACAAAGAUUUAUCUCCGAAAGAUUAUAUAAAUCUCAGCGAGUAAGAGACUCGACAAUUCGCCGUUUCAGAAUAUGAUGCAUUUAGGGUAAUAUUUUCAAAAACGUACAUCAAAACGUUGUAAUUGGUUU